AUGGCCUCCCCGUUUCACAUCUCUCAGUUCGAACUGGUCGAGCUGGAGCGCAAUGAAGCCUUUCGGCUAAUGCGCGAACAAUUACGCCGCCAGGAAUGUGGUAUGGAGCGACCGAGUUUCUGCGCCGGCCACCGACACGCCUGCACCCCCUCUGAACAAGAGACAUUCCGUCUGCAUCGCGACAUCAUCCACACCCUCCUCGUCCCUCUCUUCCUCAUCAACCACCAAGCCGAGCGAAUUGCCGCCCGCACCCUCCCCAGUCAAAAAGGCGCCGAGCCCGAACGCGCCUUCCGCGGCGAAGCUCGCAGCGCCUUCGCCUGGCUCAACUGCAUCCUCACCGAAGAACACGACUGGUACCUCACCGCCCGCUGUCCAGCCUGCAUCGUCGAGCACGUGCUACACUCCGAGCCGACGAUCCGAUUCGUCACCGUCGCCGCGCAGCUCGCAGGUCCGCACUCUGGUUUCCAGUGCUGGUUGCACGCCAUCGAAACAGCCGUGUGUGAAGAUCCCUUCUGGGGCGAUGCGUUCUGGCCGGAGAUCGAGGAGCGCGCGUCCCGCCUAACGGAGGGCGUGCAAGAGCUCGUUCGCCAGUGCUGCGAGCUCAGCGCUACACUUGAUAACGCGGGCCGGGUCAAUCAGUCACAUGCCAAGGCUUCGAUGCCUGCGUACGCUAAUCGCUCCGCUUCCUGCACGAUCCCGCUCAAGCCGUCUAGCUUCGCACGGAAACAGGUGCGACUUACGCGGGAGGAGCAGAAAUAUCGCGCCUCACUUGCGUGGAACUGCUCGGAGCCGCUUGCCGGUUGCACUACUGCGACCAAGUCGCGACGCCGGUCGCUGACUUCAUGA